AUGUCAAGAUUAGAAAUAUAUUCACCUGAAGGUUUACGUUUAGAUGGCCGUCGAUGGAACGAAUUACGUAGGUUCGAAAGUUCAAUUAAUACACAUCCUCAUGCUUCUGAUGGCUCUUCAUAUUUAGAACAAGGGAACAAUAAGAUUAUUACACUAGUAAAGGGUCCAAAGGAACCAACAUCUCGAUCACAAGUAGAUACGAAUAAGGCACUUUUACGAAUUAGUGUCAAUAUUACACAAUUUUCCAAGUUUGAAAGAAGUAAAUCCAGUCAUAGAAAUGAAAGAAGAGUCCUAGAGAUGCAAACAGCAUUAGUUAGAACAUUUGAGAAAAAUGUUAUGUUAAAUUUAUAUCCAAGAACUUUAAUUGAUAUUGAAAUUCAUGUUUUACAACAAGAUGGAGGGAUAAUGGGAAGUUUAUUAAAUGGGAUUACGUUAGCUUUAAUUGAUGCAGGGAUUGCAAUGUACGAUUAUAUUAGUGGUAUAUCGGUUGGAUUAUACGAUACAACUCCUCUUCUAGAUGUAAAUUCUUUGGAAGAAACUGCGAUGAGUAGUGUCACGUUAGGUGUUGUAGGGAAAUCAGAAAAACUAUCAUUGUUAUUAGUGGAGGAUAAAAUUCCGUUAGAUAGGAUGGAGACAGUGUUGGCUAUAGGUAUUGCUGGCGCCCAUAGGAUUAGAGACUUGAUGGACGAAGAACUUAGAAGCCAUGCUGAGAAAAGAGUUGCUAAUGCAUCUAGUAGAUAG